AUGGUUUUUGGUGGUAGUGGUGCUGAGGAAGAGAAGUUGCAGAGCUCGAAGAACUCGACAAUGGCGGAUGGUUUGAAUAGAGAUGCGGUGGACGAUCCAGAUGAGGUUGCAAGAGGGGUACAUAUGGCUACAAGCAAUAGCACAGAGCGCCGUAACCUAGGCUUCUUUUCGAGUGCGACAGGGAACCCAAUCGACGACUGCUGGAUGUACGACCGCAACUGGCACAAAAACCGCAAGCGCCUGGCCGACUGCGCCAUCGGCUUCGGCCGCAACGCGAUCGGCGGCCGCAACGGCCGCUUCUACGUGGUGACCGACUCUGGGGACGACGACCCAGUCAACCCCCGCAAGGGAACCCUCCGGUACGCGGUCAUCCAAGACGAGCCCCUUUGGAUCGUGUUCAAGCGCGACAUGACCAUCACCCUGAAGCAGGAGCUAAUCAUGAACAGCUUCAAGACGAUCGACGGCCGUGGGGCCAACGUCCACAUAGCCUACGGCGCCUGCCUUACCAUACAGUACGUGACAAACAUCAUAAUCCACGGCCUUAACAUCCAUCACUGCAGGCCCACCGGGAACGCUAUGGUGCGGAGCUCCCCUACCCACUACGGGUGGAGGACGAUGGCCGACGGGGACGGAAUCUCCAUUUUCGGGGCGAGUCAUAUUUGGAUCGACCACAACUCACUCUCCAACUGCGCCGACGGUCUCGUGGACGCGGUCAUGGGCUCGACUGCCAUCACCAUCUCCAACAACUUCUUCACGCACCAUAACGAGGUCAUGCUGUUGGGGCAUAGCGAUAGUUACACGUUGGAUAAGCAGAUGCAGGUCACUAUUGCGUUCAACCAUUUCGGGGAGGGUCUCAUUCAGAGGAUGCCAAGGUGCAGGCACGGAUACUUCCACGUGGUGAACAACGACUAUACGCAUUGGGAGAUGUACGCCAUCGGGGGGAGUGCAGAACCGACUAUUAAUAGCCAGGGAAAUCGCUAUCUCGCCCCCGUCAAUCCUUUUGCAAAGGAGGUGACAAAGAGAGAAUACACAUCCGUCAACCAGUGGCAGAGCUGGAAUUGGAGGUCGGAAGGUGAUCUCUUUCUCAAUGGCGCUUAUUUCACGUCGUCAGGAGCUAGGACUGCUGCUAGCUAUGCUCGAGCCUCGAGCCUCGGAGCUAAGCCCUCUACCAUGGUUGGUGCUAUUACUUCUAGUGCCGGAGCCCUCAAGUGCCACAGGGGCCGCGGGUGCUAA